AUGUCGUACACAAAUAAUCAUUACAUUGAGGCCAACGCCGUGCAACGGGUGGCUAGUCUGCCGCUCUUCGACUCCACCCUGAAAACUGUUGUUUCAGUUUACAUGGAUGUAAAGGGCCGUUACCCGCUCCUGAGUGUGGUGGGGGGCGUGGCUGAGAUUGGGGUGCGUAAUGUGUCCCAGGCUGCCAUUCUCCGUGCCACCCCCCUCCUACUUAGUCUGGAGCCCCAGAUUGAGGUCGUCAAUAACUAUGCUUGUAUGGGCUUGGACCAGCUGGAAAAGAACUUUCCCGUCCUGCACCAGUCUACAGAGGAGGUAUUGGGUCACCUGAAGGAUGCCUUCUUUCUGACCCUGGAUGACGUGCAACUGCGUGUGAAUGAUGAGCUGGACGGGAUGCAGGGGCGCUGGGACAAGCUGACCGAUGUCACCUGGUACUACCUCCUGGCUCUGCAGGAGUCACAGCUGGGUCAGAUGGCCACCUCGGGCCUGGACGACAUCCUCACACGCUCAGAGGAGGCCAUGGCCAAGUACAUGCCCCUGACGGCUACACUGCGCCUAGAGUGGGAGAGGAGGACACAGCAGUAUGAGGAUGAAGAUGGGGAGGAUGAGCCUGGGUUGUGGACGCGGUUCCGAGGCCUUCUGCUCUGUCUGAGCCUGCAGCUGUACCACCGCCUGCUGAAGCUCAGAAACAGGCUGGAGCGGGCCAUGGGGAUGCUACAGGAUGCUACCGACAAGCUAAGUGCUUUAUCAUUGUAUCAUCAGAUGGGCCUGAGCAGGCUGCUGGAGGUGGUGAGCUCUGUGCUCCAGAUGCUGAAGCUGUUCUACGUGUCCCAGGUGUUGCGUCUGGAGGCCAUGAGGAGGCUGGCCCUGGACCAGCUGAAGGCCCAGCUCCGGGUCCUGGCUGAACUGGGACCCAUCAAUCAGCUGCUGGGACUGCCUGCUCAGGUGCAGCUUGUGGUGGCCGACCUACAGGAGCUGGGCAAGAUCCUACUGCAGCUGCUGGUCAAAUCCACCCCUCUCUACAACAUGUCUUAA